ACACGCGCAGAGCGGAGGAGGCGGUGGCUGCAGCAGCAGCAGCAGUCUCGGAGCAGCACGCAGUAGCAGAGCACCAGCAUGGCGGGGCUCCGCUACCCGCAGCAAGGCAGCUACUGCCGCGCAGCCACGGCCAUGAAUCUCUUGCUAGGCGUCUUCCAGAUCCUCUUACCCUGCUUUCGCCCGGGAGAAGCGCAGGGCCAAGCUAUUGACCCAAUCCCCAGCGUGGUGGAGCUGUGGCAAGCCGAAGAAGGGGAACUGCUGAUGCCCACUCAGGCUGAUUCUGAGGAGGAUGUGGAAGAGCAUCCACAAGAGCAAAGCUUCUCAGCAAAGAUACCUAAUGGAAAGGCCUUACAUUUUCAUCCUUCGAUUCUGCAUUUUGGAACGCAGUUACUGGGACUGCCCAGAUCUAAAAUGCUGUAUGCUUACAACCCGAGUAGGGAUAGAGAAGUUGUAGUGAAUUCAGUGUUUACAGCUACUAGACAUUUUCAUGUGUCUCCUGUUCAUAGCAGGGUGAUUCCAGCAAUGGGAAAAAUGUCUUUCAGAGUCCUCUUUCUGCCAACAGAGGAAGGCUAUAUUGAAAGUUCAUUAUUUAUAAAUACCUCAUCUCAUGGAGUACUUUCAUAUCAGGUAUUUGGAAUGGGAUCGAUAGGAACCUCUCCAGAAGAUUCUAAUAAGCAGCUAGUGAAUACCUGUUUACUGCUUCCACGUAUCCAAAACAUCCAGAUUUCACCAACACUGGCAGAAACUACGAAUGCCAGUCUCUUACAAGUUCAUCUUGAAUGCAGUUUACACAACAAUAUGUGCCAACAACUUAAGAGUUGCUGUUUUAUGUCUGACGAUCCGGUGCUGCUAAAAAUGAGCUUAGUACUAAGAAUGGAAAACUCCCAACAGGAAUUUGUGGAUCACAGACAGUAUUUACUGGAGAAUCUUUUUGUAGUUUAUGUAGCAGUGGACAAAACUGAGACCUCAGAUGAUUCCACAGUAAACAUGUAUGCAUUGCAUUCAGGGAACAGCGUUUUACAUAUACAGGACAUACAGCGUUUCUCACAAAAAGAUACAUCAUCUGUGCAGUUUGAGCCAAUACAACUUCCUUCUUCAACCACAAAUUUUACAAAAGUUGCUUCCAUUGUUUGUAAAGCUGCAUCAUGUGACAAUGAAAGCCAUUAUACUAGUAAUGUGAAGAUGAAUCCAUUAAAAGGCACCACAACACUAAAAGCAUGUCUUUCCCGUCCUGUGAUGGAACGGUAUUUUGGCAUUGACCCUUCUGCAGCAUUAUUUCACAUAGAGCCACAUCACAAUACUUCAGGAUUUUGGUCUAUAUGGUUUACAAACAAAUUUGACUUUAACAUUGAACUAAAUGAUGUCUUUAUAGCCAGGGAAACUAAGAACAUUUUAAAGAUUCUGAAUUUCACUGAACCCUUGACUCUACCUCCAGGCUGUUGGAAUGUAUUUUCUUUGAAGCUCAGUGUCAAAGACACUGUAAUAAAUGUAUUUUCUAAUGUAUUUUUGGCUACAAAUGUAGGAGUGAUGUUUGCGAUACCGCUACGGAUUUAUUCAACUCUGUCCAAGCAGGGGGAUCUUCAUUUUGAAGCCAUAGCACAUUGUGAUAUACACUGUUACUUGGGAAAGUCUGAUACAGCAAAUCUGUUUUGGAAAGGGAGUUUGUCUCUGGACCAGUCUACGUGGAAUGUGGAUUCUGAACUUGCAAGUGAGCUUUAUGAAAGAUGGCAGAAAAUAAAACAUGGGGAAGCCUGCAGGAGGAAUUUUUUGGGAAUGACUCGCAUUGCUCACCAAAAGAAGCCUGAAGAGGAGGAGUCAUUUGCUUUCUUUUUGCCACGUUUGAUUACAGAGCCUGGCCUGACGCUAAACUUCAGUGCAACUGCACUUAAGAAUAGUAUGGUAAAAUAUUUUGUGCUAAGAAACCCCUCAUCCUUCCCAGUUACGCUACAACUUCUGCCUCUGUCUUACUAUCCUGAUCCCCAGGCAUCACUGAGUCUGCUCAGCAAAUGGUUUGGCACAAAUGUGCAAGCUAUUAAUUUCACAACCACUGAAUUUAGGCUCAUGGAGGAGUAUGCACACAGGGAGGCACAUCAGGAGGACCUUACUAACUUGAAAUCCAGUUCUGAGGUGCUUCAGUUACAUUUACAACCAUUGGAAACCCGAAGGAUUGGUGUAGUUUUUACACCAGUUGACUACAGAAAAGUAGCAUCCCUUAUAUUAAUCAGAAAUAACUUGACUGUUCUGGAUGUGGUCAAUGUAGAAGGCUUUGGAGCCAGAGAAUUAUUAAAAGUAGGUGGAAGACUGCCAGGUGCAGGAGGGUCACUUAGAUUUAAGGUGCCAGAAGCUACACUCAUGGACUGCAGACGACAACUAAAAGACAGCAAGCAAAUUUUAUCUAUCACAAAGAAUUUCAAAGUGGAGAAUAUUGGGCCUCUUCCUAUAAUUGUAUCAUCUAUGAAGAUUAAUGGGUACAGUUGCCAAGGAUAUGGGUUUGAAGUGUUAGACUGUCAGGAAUUUUUCCUGGCUCAGAACUCUUCGCGAGAGCUCAGCAUUGUGUUUACUCCUGAUUUUACUUCUUCGUGGGUAAUCCGUGAGCUUACUCUGGUGACUGCUGCUGAUGUAGAGUUCCACUUCACACUCAAUGUGACCCUUCCUCACCAUUUGUUGCCCUUGUGUGCAGAUGUGGUGCCAGGACCUAUCUGGGAAGAGUCUUUCUGGAGGCUCACAGUUCUCUUUGUUAGUUUGUCCCUAUUGGGUGUGAUUCUAAUAGCCUUCCAACAAGCACAGUACAUUUUAGCAGAAUUCAUGAAAUCAAGACAGAGACCAAAUCCCAGUUCUUCAUCACAGCAAAACAGCAACCCUGUGGAUAUAAUCAGCUCUGAUUCCUACAAGGGCAGCUGCAAGACCUUUAUCGAUUCCUGUAGCACCUCUGAUAAAGGCAAAGGAAAAGGCUUCCUUUCUGUAGGCACUCUAUCCAGCCGAAGCCAGAAUGCUGCAAAGAGAAGUCCAGCAACCUAUAGCCACUCUCAGAAGAAACAUAAAUGUUCCGUUUACUACAGUAAACAAAAAACAAACACAGUAACUGGCAGUGCCAUUACAACUACUGAUGAAAAGCAGAAUCAGACUGUAGAGAACCAAGUCUCAGCACCAAAAGAGGACAUUUGCACUGAUAUUGUUAGUGAGAACUGGCUACACCUAAAAUAUGCAAAUGGCAUAAAUGUAAACAUGCAGAAGAAUUUAACUCUUCCAGGAAACUUUCUGGAUAAAGAAGAAAGUGCACUAAAAAAUACAGUUCUCAUGAAAAGUACUUCUUCAGAGUGUGAUUUGAAGGAGGAUCUUCAAACAUGUAUGUUUCCUAAGGAAACUAACCUUAAAACUUUAGAAAAUAUAACUGAGCUCAAAGAACAGGAGUUCUGUCCUCUGAAGACAUCUAAGAAGCUACCCGAAAGUCACUUGUCAAAUUCAUCUCAACAACAGCCAGAAUUGCAAGAUCUUUCCAGGAAAAAGAAUGGGAAUAACCAGCAAGUGCCUCUCAGGAAUGAAACAGAAAACUGUGAGACUUUGAGAAAGCAUCUUAACACAAAGCCUUCCACUGAGAAAAAGAUUAGUAAAGGACCUAAGGAGGAUACACCAUGCUGUGGAAAACAGGAACUUGCUUCAGUUGAGCAAGAAGAGGCUUACAGGAAGAAGAGAUCUCAGGAGAAAAGAGAAGGCAAUUUAUCAAAUAUAAGUUGGAAUAGAAAUAGAACAUCCAGAAAAAACAAGAAAAAGAAUAUUAAUAUAUCUCCAAGGGUUCCUGAACAGAAUGAGUUGAAGCGUAUGUGCAAGGAAUUUGAAAGGCCUGAACUAAGAACUAACAUUGGCAUAAGGGAAUCUUGUAAAACAGACCAAAAGGUUGGGAGCUUGUCUACACGGGGAGAAACAGAAAGCUUUUAUCAACGGUCUAAGAAGAAUUGUUUGGAAAAAUUUUGCUCUGAUUCAAGCUCGGACUGUGGAAGUUCUUCAGGAAGUGUACGUGCCAGUCGUGGUAGCUGGGGCAGCUGGAGUAGCACAAGCAGCUCUGAUGGAGAUAAAAAACCCAUGAUUACUACCCGGCAUUUUCUUCCAUCAAGGGAGAAUAUUUCACAAAAUGAUUUUCCAACUGAAACUCCCAUCACUUUAAAUCUGUCUCAUAACAUCUGCAAUACCAGCAGAGACAUAAGUACUGUCCCCCAGUAUCCAGAAACCGUAUGUACCAACUUCACUGACAUAACUGCAGAUCCUGACAAAAAUAAAGGUCUUUAUCCUACAGGAGAUUUGUGGCCUGCUCAACCAGUCUGUUUGACAAAUAGCUUAAACUAUAACCUUGAGAAUAAUGUACCAUGCAUGAUCCAGGAUACCCCUUCUGUUCACAAUAGCUUAAUGGAUUGGAAUGCAGCUUAUGAUAACCAGUUUCCCAACAUGUAUUGCCCAUUAGAGAUGAAUGAAUACAGUGCUUUUCCAGAAGAAAACAUGAAUUACCCCAGUGGCUUCCCAUGUACUGCAGAAGUGCAAAAUACUGCCUACAUUGAUCACAAUUGUCAGCCUACCUGGAGCGCUCCACCCAACAUGACACCUACCUGGGAACCAGCCAGUUAUGUCAACUCUUCACCCUACCUCUCAAGUGCCAGAAGCUUGUCUCCAAUGUUUGGACUUUUUGGUUCCAUCCUCAAGAGUGAUGACUGUGAAAGCUGCUACCCAGUCAGUGCCACUGGCCAACACUCCGCUCAUGUUGAGAACUUGGCACUAACUGUCUAGAAGAGAAGAAGGGUAGUGGUAAUAUCAUCCGCCUUAUAACUUUUAGCCCAGCAAAAAGGAAGACAGCUGGCACUUACCUCUGCACAUACAGAGUGAAGUGCUGUUUAAACCUUCUUUGAAUUGUCUCUUACAUUUCCAGAGAGCGUCCACUCUGCUCCUGGUACUGUGUGGGGGUGAUUGCUCAGUGGAUACGGUGCUUGCAAUAGCUGGUUCUGAUGCACUUGAAGUGUAUAAUAGAUUUCAGUUAACUCAGGCUGAGGAGGCCAACCAUGAAACUAGUACAGACAUUUGAGGAGUACUGCACUCCACAUAAAAAUGAAACUUCAGAGAGAGAUGUUUAUAAAUAGUACAAAAAGAUGAUGAAACCAAGAAGAGUUUGUGACUGAUCUGAGACUGAAGAGCCAAUCUUGAAAUUUUGGGGAUCUGAGUUCCUGAUAAGAGACCAGAAUAUGAUUGAGAUUUGAAACAAAAACUUCAGUGAUAGAUAACGGGGAGUGCCGAAUUAAUCCUUGACAAAGCAAUAAGAAUUUGUCAAAAAAAGGAAAUCCUUCAAUUCAGAGUGAAGCUUAUUGGAGGUGGAUGUGGGCAUAACAGAGAAUCCAAAACAAGAAAUGAGAACUGAGGAAGAAAAGCAUUCAGUGCUGGUCUCUGCCCUUGCCGCUGACCCUUUGUUCAAAAGAAAACAGAAAACAAGAAUGUCUGCCCUGUUGGAAACUGGGAUCAGAGCCACCGGGGACUUGCAGACAGUAAAGGGACAGAUAAAGAAAAACAAAAACUCAGUGUGAUUUGGGGUCCUGGGAGCUGCCACCACUUCAUGAACAUGACACAGCACAUCUCUCUGAUGGGAAACAAUGGUUUAAAAUGGAAGUGGUGUCACAAGAGGCUGACAUCUGUCACCCCAGUUGGAUAUGAACUAGAGAGGAAUAAUCCCAGAAGGGAGGAAGAUAAGGGGCACGGAGUCUGCGUUUUGUGCAGGAAGGUCUCAGACAGGCACCAAGAACAAGUUAACAAGUGGAUUUACUGCCUCCAGAAAGCAGGAGUGCUGCUGUUCUAGAGGAGCCCACAGGUCCAACCAACAGUGCAGGCACAUCGAAGACUGAUUGAACAUUGUUAAUAAUUGUGUGUUGUAUUAAUACUGGAUUUUUUAACGUUUCUGUUACUUAGUUUUGUUUGGCAGGGACAAAGUGGUAGUGGGAACAGGCCUGUAAGUGCUGAAUUACCCAGACAAAGAGUCGGGGGGAGGGGAGGUUAGGGGAAGCUCUUUUUGCACCCAGCCAGUUAGAAAAGGACAUAGAAUAAAGCAGGGUUCUUGCAAGCACUGAGUGAUCACUGAACAGCACUGUUGUGAGUCUCUCUACUUCCCCCUGUCAUUGAGAAGUCAGGAGGGAGAGGAGGAUUCAUUAUCACAUUGCUGUAAAGCAGCAGUAUGAUGCAACUUUGGAGAUUUUGUGUGUCUGCUCCACAGCGUAGUAAAUGGUGCAGAGACUCUUCUGCUGUGACAGACUGACUAGCACUGCUCUUCCAACUGUCUGAUCACUGUAGUGUAAUUCUCUUUAAAAGUUCUCCACCAUCCUGGUUGACCGAAAUUACCCUUUUGCUGCAGUGGGACUUAGGCUGUAGGACUGACUCCCCUUUCGCAUCAGUCUUAAUUCAUUUUUUUCUGCGUCUUAAAAAACCACCACCCUUUUGAAUUUUAUUGUGACUACUCUUGGCUCCUUACUUAUUGCCAUCUCGCUCUUUGCCUUGAACUCUCUGCUGUUCUUUUGUUGUUGUUGUUUUGCUAUGUGCCAUAAAAAUUUGUGUGCUGGAAAUAUUGCAGUUAAUACAUGGAAAUCCAGACGUGUAAAUAGUGUGUGGUCUUUUCUUGUUUUUGAUGUAGGGUAUUUUUAUAUGUGCUCCAUACUUUG